AUCAAAUUUACAUUCUGAUUAAUUUAUUACCUUUGUAAUAACAAAACAUCAUAAACGCAUAUCAUAAUGGACUAUUGGGGUUCUCUGUUAUGUGCCUUGCUAUUUGUUAUACAAGUUGAAGCAAGGACUGACACACCAAUCAGACAAUGCAAAAAGAUUAAUUCGUGUGCUUGUAGGAACGACGACGGAUCUGUAGUCGACCUCCAUAAUUUGGCUAGAAAUGAUGGAACGGCAGCAUAUGUAAACGUUUCAGAUGGCCCAGGAACUGACUUCUUCUUCUGGAACCCCUGUUCUUCGUUUUCACUGAGCGACCCAGCUUGCCAUGAUGUCGCAGUGUGCAUGGUCAGAAGAAAUAAUGGAUUAGAGACGUUUAAUGAUAUUGGGCGACAGGAAAGUGCCAACUUUAACGUUGACAACAAGGGAAGUUUAACAUUGGUAUACACACAUACAAAAAUAAACUUGAAGUGUUCCACCAACUCUGAAUACUUAACAACUGAGGGAGAACAAUCCGGACUUUACUUACUGUCGCUAGCUAGUCGAUACGCUUGCCCAAUCAUACCUGAUCAUCACGACACUACCACACAUUACAGUACGUCAUCUUCAAUGGGUGACCCUACAUGGAUCAUACUGUCUGGAACUUUAUUGGUACUUAUCUGUAUCGGAGAUUCAAAUACAAACAGACUCGAUAUACCGGAAAAAAAUAUCCAGAACAAAUCUGUGCCUGGGCUAUCUUUAGAAACUGUUGAAAAUGUAGUAAAUUCUAUCAUCAUUCCCCACGACAGCAGAAUAGGAGGAGUGGUAGUUCACCUGGGCACAAAUGACAUCCCGAAAAAGAACAAAAACGAUGUAGUUACCAGUGCAAAAAUGACGCUUGACCUUAUUUCUCAAAAAUGGCCAAAAUGUCCAAUCGCCUACUCCAGCAUCUUACCAAGAGUCGGGAAUAGCGCUCCCGUCAAGCGUAUAAAUAUGGACGCGAAGUACAUUAACCGCCAAAUUCUUGACUACUGUAGGAAAAGUAAAUAUAUGCAUUAUUUGGAUAAUAAUGAUAUGUUUCUUCAAGGGAAAAAAACAGUUAACUCUUUGUAUGAUGCUGGAGACCCGCGAGGAAUUCACAUUUCCGAGGAAGGGGCUGAUCAGCUCUACUUAAGCAUGACAGCGUUUCUGAUCGAUGGCGUAUCAGACGAGGAUUCUAUGUCCCCUGAUACAGCAACGCUGAUGAGAAACGGGUCAAAAAUGACCUCACAGAGCGCACGUUCCGUGACCCUGCUUGUGGUACUAGUGGGACUUUUUGUCGGAAUAAUAGCACAGGGUCCGGUUCCAAUCGGACAAUGUACAAAAAUUGAUGCAUGUUCAUGCGUGUACGAUGAUGGAACAAUAGUAAAACUUCAAGCCAUAGACAGAAAAGAUGGAAAACCAAACUUCAGUAACGUAUCAAACGCAGACAAUACAGAGUAUUACUCUUGGAACCCUUGUACACCAUUUACGUAUCCUUCAAACAACUCUGCCUGUGAAAACGUUGCGGUAUGCAUGAUCCGUCAAGGCAUCCCAAAUGCACUGUUUUACAAUCUUGGAAACCAAGACUCUGCCCAGUUUCUCGUGGAUAGCAAUGGCACACUGAAACUUACAUACACAGCUGACCAAGGUGACUACAAAAGGGUAGCAGAAAUAACGUUACAGUGCAUGGGCACCUCCAAAUUUGACUUCUUUGUAGCUGAGGGUGAACAGGAUGAAUCUAAUGAUACUGUGAUAUUCAAACUGUUGUUGGCUAGUAAAUAUGCGUGCGCAUACGCUCCAAAUCUCAAUCCUUCAGUAGAAGUCUCUUCUCUCAGUGGUGGUGUAAUCUUCGUCAUUGUAUUGUUCAGCCUAAUAGGGGCUUAUAUUAUAUUCGGAGUAAUGUUCCAAGCGUUUAUAAAGAAAGAAACAGGGAAAAGGCUGUGUCCAAACCAUGAAUUUUGGUGCAAAAUUCCAGAACUGUGCAAGGGCAGUAAAACAGGAGGAUUGAAGUCGGAAUCCGGUGCCAAAUAUGACAGUAUAUAGACUUAGUGUAUAAGAACAUUUUUUGUGCUCAAUUUACAUGUCCUGAAAAAGUUUAGUUAGUAGAAAUGCAUGAACAAUCCCAUAGAAAACAUUUGAUGUGUUUUGGAUAUAAAAUCAUAUUUAAGGAUGCAGUCUGAAAUUGAAUUUCGUUAUGUAAUAAACAAAAUUGUUGGUUAAAGCAGUCAUACGAACUUUCAUUCUCUUGGUUUCUGUCAUUUCAACUUUAGCUUUUUUUCAAUGUAAAGGGGGUACAUUAAUGACCUCUUAAAGUGGGAUAGGAAAUGAAAAAAUACAUUUAUGACAAGUGUUGAGUAUCUUUACAAUGUUUUAUUAAAGUGGAAUAGGAAAUGCAAAAAAAAAAA